UUCGAACCAAAGCGGAAUCCGAUCACCUCAAGGGAAGAAUGGCUCGCCCUAUGACUGGUAUCCACACUCCUAGAACCCCUGCUGUCAAGCUCCCAUUCUCCAUUUCGUCUUUCACUACAGUCUCCCUCGGCAGAGGCAAAACGAGGCUGAGGAUGCUCUCCGCCGCCUCUUCUUCGUCUCCGGUGAAGGCGAGCCUGAGCCACCGUCAAGAUUCGCCGCGUAAUAUAUCCUUGGAUGCUUUGAUUAAAGGGGAUCGUAGAGAGGAGAUCGUCGGCGCCAUAGACAAGUCUUUGUUCAACUGUCUAUCUGAGACGAAUCUCCACUUGACGGUUCCGGGGAUUAAGUCCAAAACCAGGGGCAAGGUGAGAGAUAUAUAUGACUAUGGAGAUUAUCUUAUUUUGGUUACAACUGAUCGACAGAGUGCGUUCGAUAGAGUUCUUGCUUCCAUACCCUUUAAGGGUCAGGUUCUUAAUGAGACCAGCUUAUGGUGGUUUGACAGAACACAGCACAUCACUUCAAAUGCAGUUGUGUCAGUGCCGGAUAAGAAUGUCACGAUUGCAAAAAAGUGUUCAGUUUUUCCCGUUGAGUUCGUUGUUAGAGGGUUUGUCACUGGAAGCACGGAUACAUCAUUAUGGACGGUGUAUAAGAACGGGGUGCGAAACUACUGUGGAAAUGUUCUUCCAGAGGGCUUGGUUAAGAACCAAAAGCUGUCUUCCCAUAUACUUACUCCAACAACCAAGGCUGAUACUCAUGACGUUCCUGUGACACCAGAUGAGAUCAUUGAAAGGGGCCUGAUGAGUCGAGCUGAUUAUGAAGAAGCAAGUAGAAAGGCUUUAAGCUUGUUCGAGUACGGGCAGAAAGUGGCUUUGGAGCAUGGUAUGAUACUGGUCGACACAAAGUAUGAAUUUGGAAAGGGAGAGGAUGGAUCUAUUCUUUUAAUUGACGAGGUGCAUACACCUGAUUCAAGCAGAUACUGGAUUGCACAGUCCUAUGAGGAACGCUUUCAAAACGGCCUCGAGCCUGAAAAUGUUGAUAAGGAAUUCUUGAGGCUGUGGUUCAAGGAUAAUUGCAAUCCAUAUGAAGAUGAGGUUCUCCCUGAUGCUCCUGAAGAGCUUGUACGUGAACUGUCAUGGAGAUAUAUCUUCUUGUACGAGACAAUAACCAAAUCAAAAUUUGAGGUGCCAUCGUUAGAGGAACCAUUACAUGAUCGUAUAUCACGAAACGUGAAAUCGGCACUGGCAGCAUUAAAAUGAUCAUAGAGAUUGGUACUUGGUAGCUAAAGCUAAGUUAUCAACAUUAAUAAACUCGACAAACUUUGGUUACCCUGUGUGGUGCCUGCUGUGUUCCAUGUAGCAUGGAUGCAACUUGCAGAGAUUGAAUAAUGAAAACUCGUGAAAUAUAUGAUGUUCUUUUA